UAUCGUGUCCGCAACGUUCUGUGUACAAAAAUGGCACAACAUUAAAGUGCACUCAUAAACAGCACUUGCUGGAAACGUGAAUAUUGUUUUAUGUUCAUUUGUUUGCUCAACAGCCAUUGUCGUCGAAUCGGGUGAAUUUGAUAGGGUGAAACGUUCCUUUCCUAGGGUGGAAAAGGCGUGCGUAAGAAUAACGGAUGUUUACCUUGCCCCGAGGGUAGACGAUGCGCCAAACUCACGCUGGUUCAAAGGAAAUUUUGAUGCGCUCAGUAACUUGCGCACGCUGUCGUUCGUUGAAGUGUUUAGAUUUUAUUAACAACCGGCAAGGGGGUCAUGUAAAUUAAUUUGCUCAGAUUCAACUUUGGUUCCUCUGGUGGUGGUCUGUAAAAAAACAGACGAGCAUGUGCGCGUAGUUAAAAACGGUCUAUUUAAGCGCAAACAUCAACGAUCGAAGAACCAUACUAGAGCUGCCUUGUGUGUGUCCUUUAAGAUGAACUGAACAAACGCCACUAGAAACCCAACGUUUGCUAAGUUAAAACCCCGCAGCAAAAGAUCACACACCGGAGAGAAGAUAUUGUAGACAGCAUUCGCCAUGUUUAAGCUACUGGGCGGAUUGAAACAGUAUUUCAAAUGGCAGGACAUCCAAACGGACAACAUAGUCUUUCGGCUGCACAACACCUUCACAACUGCGCUACUGCUGGCGUGUAGUUUGAUCAUAACGGCCACACAAUAUGUCGGCAAUCCGAUCAGCUGUAUUGUUGGUGGAGUACCAGCCCACGUGGUCAACACGUUUUGCUGGAUCUCGAGCACUUUUACCAUGCCUGACGCGUUCCGUAGACAGGUUGGACGUGAAGUGGCCCAUCCCGGCAUAGCCAACGACUUUGAUGAUGAAGAUGCGAAAAAAUACUACACCUACUACCAGUGGGUGUGCUUCGUGUUGUUCUUCCAGGCCAUCGCAUGCUACACUCCCAAGUUCAUCUGGGACGCCGUGGAAGGAGGUCUGAUGCGAAUGAUCGUGAUGGGACUCAACAUUGGCGCGUGCAAGGAACAGGAAAAGUGUGCCAAAAAGCAGGUGUUGCUGGAUUACCUCCUAAAUCACCUGAAGCGCCACAAGAUUUACGCGAUCCGCUACUGGGUCUGCGAGGUCCUGUGCUUUGUCAACAUCAUUGUGCAGCUGUGGCUGAUGAAUCGCUUCUUCAAUGGUGAGUUUCUGUCGUAUGGCUGGGAUGUCCUGCAAUACUCGGAGCAACCACAGGAACAGCGAGCCGACCCGAUGGUGUUCGUGUUUCCACGCGUCACAAAGUGCAAUUUCUACAAAUAUGGUGCGUCUGGGUCGAUCCAGAAGCACGACGCCAUGUGCAUCCUGCCUUUGAACAUUGUGAACGAAAAGACGUACAUCUUCAUCUGGUUUUGGUUCAUCAUUCUGGCCAUGUUCCUGGCGGGGUUGAUCAUCUACAGGGGUGUCAUAAUUUUUGUGCCUUCCGUGCGAUCGCGGCUGUUGAACGCCCGAAACCGUAUGGUGCCUAGAGACGUCGCGAAGACAAUCUCAGCCAACAUGGACCUUGGCGAUUGGUGGAUCGUGUACAUGCUCGCCCGGAAUCUGGAUCCCAUCAUCUUUAAGGACGUGGCCACGGAGCUAGCCAAACGCAUCGAACUGAACGAUCCAGAUAACGAGAAGAAACGUAUGCAGUAAAAUAAUCGCUCUCUCUAUCACACACUUCCACUGUCCCAUCUUCUUGAGGGAUGAUUCAUACAUUCAUAAAAGACACAGCUGCCAACCCCGUUCGGGAAAAAGACGAAAGACGACGGAGCGAUGAGAGAUACGCGCUCAGGAAUCUCUUUGAAUCUCGAAAUUUUGUUCCACGCAUAAGUUCCAGACAUAUCACGAUAAGGUUUCCUAGUGUGCCACACGCUUUUAAGCGUGCGAUAAAGUUUGUUUUUAUACAAGAAACGAUCGACAUUCCACGGAUGUUUGAGAAAACAGGCCACCACAGUUGUUGUUUUAAAUGAAUCGAAUCUAUAUUUAUGCUU